AUGGGUAAUAAAUCAAUUUUAAUGUUUAAUAAAAUUAAUCGUCAACCUGGAAAACGUUUUGUUAAGAAUCUGUUGGAUUUUUCAAUAAGGGAAAAUCAUUAUGAUAUUGCCAUUGCGGGAGGAGGUUUGGUGGGUACUUCGAUGGCGUGUGCUGUUGGUAAAAAUUCUAAAUUGUCAGAAAGUAAAGUGAUUUUAUUUGAAUCUGCAUCGCAAAAAAGUUUUAAGAAAAAAGCAAAAGAUGACGAAUACAGUAAUAGAGUGGUGUCGAUUAAUCCGGGAAGCAAAAAAUUUUUAGAAAAUAUCGGAGCUUGGAAGUUUAUCAGUGACUUAAGGUAUAAGACUGUCAAAAAAUUACAGGUAUGGGAUGCAUGCUCUGAUGCAUUAAUAACUUUCAAUGAUGAUUUAAUGAAGGAUGUUUCAUACAUUGUUGAAAAUGAUCUUAUCUUAAAUGCUCUAGAAGAAGUUUGUUCGAAUUUGAAAAAUGUCACAGUUAAAUAUGAGAGUAGGAUAAAAAAAAUUGUACCACCAUCUGAUAAAAACAAAAUGGUUCAUUUGGAAAUGGAAAAUGGAGAUGAAUACACAUGCAAUCUUUUGGUCGGCGCGGAUGGUUUCAAAUCGAAAACGAGAGAAGUUAUAGGGGGUCAAUAUUUGAGUUGGAACUACGAUCAGAAAGGAAUCGUGGCCACGGUUAAAUUAUCAGAACCGACGGAAAAUGUCGUGGCAUGGCAAAGAUUUCUACCGACGGGUCCCAUAGCACUUUUACCGUUAACGAACGAAUUGAGUUCUUUGGUUUGGUCAACGGAAACGAAAAAAGCAGAACAACUUCUUGGAAUGAAUGAGGAAACGUUUAAAGAUUCGCUCAACGACGCAUUCUGGAAAUCGUAUCCCAAAAAUGAAUUGGUUUCAUCCGCGACAGCAUCGCUGGAUAAAAUGUUAAGUUCUCUGACAUUGAAAUCCUUCGGAUCGCAUCAGUUACCGCCGUCGGUGAGUUCGAUAGUACCCGGAAGUCGAGCUGCUUUCCCAUUAGGUUUCGGUCAUUCGAUAAAAUAUUACAGGCCGGGAAUCGUACUCGUAGGGGAUGCAGCACACAGGAUUCAUCCGUUGGCGGGACAAGGAGUCAAUUUGGGAUUCGGUGACGUCGAACUUCUCACUAAUAAAUUGGGUGAUUCCGUAUAUAACGGAAAUAAAAUAGGUUGCUCGAGAGUUCUGGCGGAUUACGAGUCCGAAAGGCAAAGGGAAAUACUACCCAUGUUGAUAACGACGGAUUUUUUGCAAAAACUUUAUUCUACGUCAUUCGCACCCGUCGUUUUGGUUCGUUCCCUGGGAUUGCAAAUCACGAAUGCACUUCAUCCGCUAAAGGUAAGAUUUUUACAAUAA